AUGUUCAAUCAAGGUCCUACAGGUUCAGGGAAGUUCUCUAUUGCAGAGCAUACAGCUUUUGAAACUCCUUUCCGUUGGAAUCAAUCUAAUGAGGGGGGUUCUUCUCAAGCUCCACCGCCCGCUCCUCAAUUGCCUUGGAAGCAACCUCAGAAUGCUUUCCGUUUCCCUCAAGCUCAAGGUCCACCUGGUUUUGCUCCUUCUACUCCGUUCCCACAUGCGAACCAAUUUCAACAACAACCUGCUCAGUUCCAUCAACAACCACCAAAGCGUUCUUGGGAAGAUCAAUUUAGUGCUCUCUUGCAAGGCCAAACAGCUAUCAAUGAGCAACAAACUCAAAUGAUGAAUGACAUCAGAAACCAGUUGGGCAAGUUGACAACUACGGCUAUUAUUUCUCUUCGGAGUGGGAAGAUAGUUGAUAACCAAGUGGUGAUGCCUCCGGAACCGUCUUCCUUGCCUCCUCCUAUCGAACGUUCAAUUCCAAUCAUUGGGGAAUCUCCCAAGGAAGCAAGUAAGGAGACUCUUGUUGAAGAAGAAGGAAAGGAUAAAGGCAAAGCGAAGGAACAAAGUGUACCGGACCCUCGAGUUAUUUCAACACCGGCACCGUUUCCUAGUCGUUUGAGGGCUUUGGCGAAACCAAAUUUGAAUGAGGAGUUGCAUGAGUUGUUCAAUCAAGUGAAGAUUAACAUUCCUCUUAUGGAUGCAAUUAAGCAGAUUCCGUCAUAUGCCAAGUUUCUUAAAGAUUUGUGUACUCGGAAGCGCAAGCUUAAUGUUCAAAAGAAGAUAUUCCUUACUGAGCAAGUGAGUUCUAUCAUUCAAACGAAUAUCGCGCCGAAGUACAAGGAUCCGGGGAGCCCUACUAUCGCUGUAACCAUUGGAGAGAAGCGUAUCGAACAAGCUUUACUUGAUCUUGGUGCAAGUGUCAACCUGCUUCCGUUUUCUGUUUAUCAAGAACUUGGGUUGGGGGAGAUGAAGCCUACUCGAGUCACUCUCCAAUUGGCCGAUCGAAGCGUUCGUACACCGAGGGGAGUAGUAGAGGAUGUUCUAGUGCAAGUUGGCCAAUUUGUUUAUCCGGUGGAUUUUGUGAUUCUCGAUACCAAUCCGAUCGACUCUUCUGCUGCUUCUACUCCGGUGAUUCUUGGAAGACCCUUCUUAGCCACGGCAGAUGCAGUUAUUAAUUGUCGAAAUGGACUCCUCAAUAUGACCUUCGGUAACAUGAAGAUGGAGGUCAAUGUUUUUAAUGUGGGUAGCCAAAUGGGAGAUGACGAGUACGUGAAUGAAGUGAGCCUUAUCGAUACUCUUGUAGAAGAACACGUGGAUGAAUUGCUUUUCAGUGAUCCCUUGGAAGUUACUCUUACGAUUGAAAAGGAUGAAUUUCUUGAGUCUUCUGAAGUGAGUUAUUUGAGUUCAUUGCUUGGUAAGGAAGAUGCAGCUUGCGCUAUAAAUUCUUGGACUCCAAAGUUUGAAGUGUUUGAGGAGCUUCCACCAAUUGAGAAGAAGGUUCUCCCAUCUAGUGUUGAGCCACCAAAAUUGGAGUUGAAGCCCCUUCCUGAUACUUUGAAGUACGUUUUUCUUGGAGACAACGAGACUUACCCUGUGGUUAUUUCCUCCUCUCUUGGGAAUCUCCAAGAGGUGAAAUUGAUCAAUUCUCUAAGGCGGCACAUGAAGGCUAUAGGAUGGACAAUUGCUGAUAUCAAAGGGAUUGAUGCUACUCUUUGCUCGCAUCAUAUUGCUUUGGAGGAUAAUGUCAAGCCGUCUCGUCAACCUCAACGUCGUUUGAACCCUAUUAUGAAGGAUGUAGUUCGUGCUGAAGUUUUAAAGCUCUUGGAUGUUGGAAUCAUUUAUCCUAUCGCCGAUAGUAAAUGGGUGAGCCCAAUUCAAGUUGUACCAAAGAAAUCCGGAGUUACAGUUGUGCGAAAUGAGGAGAAUGAGCUCGUACCUACUCGGAUUGUCUUGGGGCAUAUUAUAUCGUCGGAUGGUAUCGCGGUGGAUAAGGCUAAGAUCAAUCUUAUUUCCAAUCUCCCGACUCCAAAAUGCGUGAAGGAUAUCCGUUCAUUUCUCGGGCAUGCCGGAUUCUAUCGUCGAUUCAUCAAAGACUUUAGUGCUAUCUCUCGACCCCUGUGCCACCUUCUUGUCAAAGACGUUCCGUUUGAAUGGACCGCCGCGUGUGAGCAAGCUUUUGUUAAGUUGAAGGCUAGUCUUACCACCCCGCCUAUUGUGCAACCACCGGAUUGGAGCCUCCCGUUUGAGCUUAUGUGUGAUGCAAGUGACUAUGCUGUAGGCGCUGUUUUGGGGCAAAGGAAGGACAAGCAUCCGUAUGUUAUCCAUUAUGCAAGCAAGACCUUGAAUGAUGCUCAAGUGAAUUACACUACCACGGAGAAAGAGUUACUUGCGGUAGUGUUUGCUCUUGAUAAAUUCCGGUCUUAUCUUAUUGGGGGCACCCCUAUUGUUGUGUAUACGGACCACUCAGCUCUCAAGUACCUACUUACCAAGCAAGAUGCCAAAGCUCGUUUGAUACGAUGGAUCCUGCUUCUCCAAGAGUUCAAUUUAACUAUCAAGGACAAAAAGGGUGUCGAGAAUGUGGUAGCCGAUCAUUUAUCAAGGUUACAGUUCGAGGACCCUACUCCAAGCUUACCUAUUGUGGACACGUUUCCGGAUGAACAAUUGUUUGCUGUUUCGAGUGCCCCAUGGUUUGCGGAUAUAGUGAAUUAUUUGGCUACGGGACUCUUACCGCCACAUUGGUCUCCUCAAGAACGUCGUCGGUUCCUUCAUGAAGUACGAAUGUUCUCUUAUGAUGACCCUUAUCUUUUCAAGUAUUGCCAAGAUCAAAUAGUGCGCCGUUGUGUCCCAGAUUCAGAUCAGCGAAGAAUUCUUGAGUUUUGUCAUUCAGAAGCUUGUGGGGGCCAUUUCUCUUCUAAGAAGACUUCUGCUAAAGUGCUGCAAUGUGGAUUUUAUUGGCCAACCUUGCAUAGGGAUGCUCAUCACUUUUGUGUAGCUUGUGAACGUUGUCAAAAGCUUGGGAGUGUGUCUCGGAGGGACGAAAUGCCAUUGACCAACAUUAUGGUGGUUGAGAUCUUUGACUGCUGGGGCAUAGACUUCAUGGGACCUUUCCCCGUUUCUUUUGGCAAUUUGUACAUCUUAUUAGCAGUUGAUUAUGUUUCAAAAUGGGUAGAAGCCAUCGCAACGCGGACCAAUGAUGCCAAGGUAGUGGUGGAGUUCCUCAAGGACAACAUUCUUUCACGUUUUGGGAUGCCAAGAGCAAUCAUAAGCGAUCAAGGAACUCACUUUUGCAAUCGUGCUUUUGGGGCAUUAAUGAAGAAGUAUGGAAUCAAUCACAAGGUCUCCACUGCUUAUCAUCCUCAGACGAAUGGACAAGCUGAGUUGGCAAAUAGGGAAAUCAAACACAUUUUGGAGAAGACGGUGAAUCCGAACCGGAAAGAUUGGAGUCUUCGUUUGACCGAUGCACUUUGGGCUUAUCGCACAGCAUACAAGACUGUUUUGGGGGCUUCGCCGUAUCGUUUGGUUUUUGGAAAAGCAUGCCAUCUUCCGGUAGAGCUCGAGCACAAAGCAUAUUGGGCAAUCAAGACACUUAAUUAUCAUCUACCAGCCGCCGGAGCGCACAGAAAGCUCCAACUCAAUGAGCUUGAAGAAAUUCGGAGAGAUGCUUAUGACAACACCGCCAUUUACAAAGCCAAAGUCAAGGAUUUCCACGACAAGCGAAUUCACCGGAAAAAGUUUGAGGUUGGACAAAGGGUACUCCUAUACAACUCUAAGCUUCAUUUGUUUCCCGGUAAAUUACGUUCUCGUUGGGCGGGCCCUUAUGUUAUUGAGCAUGUUUAUCCUCAUGGUGCUGUUGAUGUUAUGAAUCCGUUAAAUGGUAAAUCUUUCAAAGUUAAUGGCCAAAAGCUUAAACUGUUUCUUGGUACUUUAGAGUUUGGCGAGCCGGAUGAGGAGUUAAUCGAUCCAGUUUACACGCCUAAGCGACCGGUUGUUCGGAGGGUUGUUUGGUUGAGUGUUCAUUGUUUAAAAGGUGUUUUGGGGGAUGCUAUGGAAAGUUUUGGAAGUUCAGGGGCUCAAAUUGAAGAAAAACAGAAUCCUAUUGGCAUCGGCAUCGAUGGGUUAAAUCCCAUUACAUCGCUGCCGAGUGUGUUAGUCUUCUGGGCCCUUAUUGCCUUCGGCAUCGAUGGAAUCAAUCGUCUUACAUCGCUGCCGAGCAGCAUAGCUCAUCAGCCCCUUAUUGCCAUCGCCAUCGAUGGGAUCUCAGGUUUUACAUCGAUGCCGAGGUACUUCCAGCCACAGAACAGAGCCCUGCUCGACAGAAACUCAGUCAAAUCCUUUUCCAAACUUCUGAACCGACUGCCAUCUCUCUCUGUUUCUCCAAAAAUCCCAAAAAACCUAGCCCCAAACCUUCAACCACCCACUAAAUCCCCCAUAUUUCCACAGAAAAUCCCCAAAUCCUCCAUCUCAUUCAACAAAACACAAGUUUUCUUCAUCAAUCUCAGGUUUCCAAGCCAAACACAAGGUAAACCCAAUUUUCCCUUUGUAAAUCCGAAUUUUUCCUAA